AUGAACACGUUUGUCUUACCAAGCCGGGAGUGUUGGAAUCGACGCCAUGAGUACAUCCCAACACGCACCGGCAUCGGCUUCAGAGUCGUAGCAGAAGACGGAUCCAAACCGAACUACGCCGGACUUCUCGCCCGCUACCCUGAUGGCCAGGCAGAUGAUGCUUCACUCAUUCGUCAUCUCACAUGGCGGAGGUGCUACUCACCCUGGGUAUCUGUUCACGUCGACUGGGAUGCAGCCAUUCGCCGAGCAGAAUAUUACCGGAACAGCAGGAACGCCAGGAGCAUCUAUAUCGUGGUCGUCGACAUGGAGAUGCAUUCUCCCUCAAUCAAUGCCGCCUCAUUCGCACUUCAUUAUGGACUGCAAAACUUGAACGUCUACCAAGCAGAGUCCCUCUAUUAUGGCGGCAUUGAUGAAAGGGCGAUUGUUGCCAUCAUUCCAGCAACCCUUGGCUUCCAGAAAUGCAACAUCCACUUGGCCACAGUGCCCCGAGACAUACUGCUGUCAGAUUGGUCGCUUCUUGACGAGACGUAUAUCAGAACUGGGGUCUACGACGGGAUCUUGGAACAAAGGGUAAAGGAGGCCUGGUGUUGGAACGUCAAUAUGUUGGCCGUACGUCGGGAUUAG